CCUGUCUCCUCCACCAAUGCCAGCUCCUCAUUGGUGGGAGUGGAUCUUUAAACUUCUCGCUCUGCUUUUAAAUCUGAGUGUUGACUGAAGUUUUCUUCCUCACAGCCAGGUUGGACCACUGCUAGCAAGAUGACAACAUACACAGACAAAGGAGAAAAGCACGAGCAGGGCAGGUUCCUCUGCUUUGACCACCUCACUUUCUGGGUUGGAAAUGCAAAACAGGCUGCUUCUUAUUACUGCAACAAGCUUGGAUUUGAGCCCCUGGCUUACCAAGGCUUGGAGACGGGGAGUCGAGAGGUGGUGUCUCAUGCAGUCAAACAAGGCAAGAUCAUCUAUGUCUUCUCUUCCGCCCUUAAUCCUGGAAACAAAGAGAUGGGGGAUCACAUGGUGAAGCAUGGAGAUGGAGUGAAGGAUAUCGCAUUUACAGUGGAGGACUGUGACUUUCUGGUUCAGAAAGCCAGAGAGAGAGGAGCAUCUGUUAUAAAAGAGCCACACACUCUGGAGGACAAAAAGGGAAAAGUCAGAAUGGCUGUGCUUCAGACUUAUGGAGACACCACUCACACAUUUGUGGAAAGAACCGGAUACAAAGGUCUGUUUCUGCCUGGUUUUCACCCUCCUCUGUUCCUGGACCCUUUACUCUCUAAACUACCGAGUGGAAAACUGGACUUUAUUGAUCACGUCGUGGGAAACCAGCCAGAUGAUGAGAUGGUUCCAGUUGUGGAUUGGUAUCAGAAAACUCUUCUGUUUCACCGCUUCUGGUCGGUGGACGACAAGCAGCUCCAGACAGAGUUCAGCGCCCUGCGCUCCAUUGUGGUGGCGAACUAUGAGGAGACCGUGAAGAUGCCCAUCAAUGAGCCUGCCAUGGGCAAGAGAAAGUCUCAGAUACAGGAGUACGUUGAUUACUAUGGAGGACCAGGAGUGCAACACAUUGCCAUGAACACGUCUGAUAUCAUCACUUCAAUUCGUAACCUGAAGGAGCGUGGGAUGGAGUUCAUGUCAGUGCCAGACACCUACUAUGAGCAGCUGAGGGAGAACCUGAAACACUCAAAGGUCAAAAUCUCAGAGGACCUGGACGUGCUGCAGGAACUAAAGAUCUUGGUCGACUACGAUGACAACGGAUAUUUACUCCAGAUCUUCACCAAGCCAGUGCAGGAUCGUCCAACUGUGUUCUUGGAAGUCAUUCAGAGACACAAUCACCAGGGCUUUGGAGCAGGAAACUUCAAGUCUCUUUUUGAAGCCAUCGAAGCCGACCAGCAAGCUCGAGGAAAUCUGACGGUCCUCACGCCCAACGGAGUCUCAAAGAACAUGUGAAUUCAUGAAGAUCCUCACCUUUCAGCUGUGAAAACUCAACAUUUCACUAAAAAAAGCUCCAGGGUAGCUCAGAAUGACAUGUUUAUGUGCUCAGAAUCAACAUUACACUCCAUGAACAGGCAAUGCAGUUUGUACAAAGGAUUGUAUUCUCUUCUGUUUGCUAUCUUUACAUUAUUAACUUCAUGCCAUUACUGAAAAACAGCUUGUAACUCUUGAACAUGUAGUAUCAAAAAGAUUACUGUAAGCUUAACUUAAGCAAACCACGACUGCAGCUCUCAUGAAUGAAAACAAUACAUUUUUCCUGUGGACAUUCCCUCCUUAUGAAAUAAAAACUUGUUCUUCAUUUAA